AACAACAACUGGCUUUCGUGAAACCUUGCGUCGAUGUUUAAAGUUUUUUAUUAUCUAUUUUCGUAUUCGUGUGCAGUUUUGUAGUUUGUGCUUAUGGUUGGUGGAAGGAGGUUUUCUGAAAAAAGGUCUUGUUGUGGUACCUACUGGAUUUUAUGGAUGGUUUAUCAGGGAUUGACUCAGAUAGAACAAACAUGGGCCAGCAAUGAAGUAAAUCAUAUUUCCUAUACAUACCUACAUAUAUACAGAAGCCAUGGUGCUGACCAGAGCAGACGCCAUCAAUAAGAAGAUCGCGAGUACAAAUAAGAUCCUCGCUACAAUAACAACUGGCGUCGUAUUCCUGCUGUUCCCCAUAGUUAUAAAAAUAGUAGACCCUGUACCUACAAUUGUAAAUUAUUUACUUCGAGUAGCCAACGGCAGCAUAGUAUAUGAGCUGGUGCAGGAUGAGAUGCCAGUAGCAGAGCUCUCCAUCUACUUGUUCAACGUCACCAAUGCUGACAGGUUCCUCUCUGGAGAAGAUGAUAAACUCAAGGUUGAAGAGGUUGGACCUUUCGUGUUCCAAGAAUAUCGCUGGUACGUAGAUGUGGUGUUGAGUGAGGAUGGCAAGGAGUUGGGAAUGACCCCCAAGGUCAGAAUAGAGUUCAUCCCCGAGGCUUCCAUAGCCCACCCCAAGGAUGUCAUGCUUACUGUACCUAAUCUACCAUUUCUUAGUGGAGCAUCGCUUAUUUCCAAUUAUCCAAGUUUCAUACGCACUGCCUUCAACAUGGUGGUGGGUCCGUUGGGAGAGAAAGCCUUUAUGCAGUUGGACGGCGACAGGUAUCUGAACGGCUUCGAAAGCCGGGUCCUACAAAUCUGCAACAGUUUAGCUCCUGGAUUCGUGUAUUUUGAUGAUUUUGGUCUACUUAAAAGGCUUUACGAAAAUGAGUCGGAAUACAGAAUAGUGGUGGGAGCUACCAAUGAGGAUAGAUUCAAGAUCAAAUCUGUGAAGAAGUUCAGACACAUUGAGCUGGGGACCAUCAAAGACGUUGAUGUAAGUGAGCAAAUAUUUGAAAAGGACACCUACGAGGGAGCAAUAUACCCACCCAUGUUGACUCCAGACGUGCCCAUUAACUGGUACCGGCUGGGCAUCUGCAAGACCUUUAACCUUCAAUACUUGGAGACCAGGAACAUGCACUAUGGUGGCGAGGCCUUUAUUUACACCAUCAGUAAUGAGACGUUCGGCGCCAGUGUCAACCCCCUUAACAAGAAACCUUAUCCUAGUGGAGUUUUGGAUAUAUCUGAUUGUGCUUUUGGUCUACCAUUUGUGAUAUCUAAAGCACAUUUCCUGGACAGCGACCCCAAGCUGUAUGAACGGAUUGAGGGGAUCACGCCAAACAGAGACCUAGACGACACUACAAUUAUCAUUGACAAAAAGGUGGGCGUAAUGUACAACACGAAGAUGUCCAUCCAGCUGACGAUGAUGCUAGGUGACCUCGACUUCAACUGGCAGUCCAAAAUGCUGUCCCAUGCUGUGGUACCUGUCAUCCGUAUCGAAGUAAACCAGCCAAAGCUAACAGAAUGGACGCUCAGCAAAUUGGUGCUGGUCUACCAACUGGCUCCUUACAUCGUAAUAGCUCUUCAGAUACUAUCAGCUCUGAUAGGCACACUCCUGGUCACGUAUGCAGCGCGACUUCAGUAUCUCAACUGGAUGUCAAAAACCAGGACUAUAGUAUUCGAAACAGUUGAUAUACAAGCAAAAUUAAAAGCUGAACUUCCACUUAUACCAAAAUAAAAGACAUGUUUGAAGGUGAUUUUUUUAAAUUGAAUGCAAAAUAUGGUACAAAAAGUCGAAGUGACUGACCUGACUAAGGUAGGUAAAUGACAUUCAUUGUAUUUGGAACUCAAACGAAUUUUUCGAAAACAUAAUUGUAAAAUACGUCAUAUUUUUUUCGGUGUCUUCCAAAUUGUAGUUACAUUUGUUUUAAUGGAAAAUAAUAAAUGGUUAUAAUUGUAUAUUCAUCUUAGAAUUAAUCUUAUUUUAGACUGAACGAAUGGAAUUCUUAAAUACUGACGUACUGAGUAGUAUUUAUAUGUCAUCGAAAUAUUAUGUGGUCAAUUAAAACGUUAUUCCAUCGAGUACAAAGUACAAAGUUAUAGUAAUUAUAGUUUUCUUAUGAAAAUAAAACUCAAAACUAUCUACGUAAUUAUCUUUUUAUCACUUGGUUCUUUGACGCUUGAUAGUAUAUUUGUGUAUAAUAAUUUUAUACACAAAGACUACUCCGUACACCACGUCUCAAACUACUCUGACAGAUGUCAGUAAAUGCGACGCCAUUUUGUAACCGCAACUGUCAUUAGAUAAGUAGAAACAAAUAAGUAUAUUUGUUUAUUUAUAUUUUCAUUUACGUUGAAAUAAAGUUACUUGAGGUAAUUUGUUCCUUACAAAUAAGGUGUGGCAAUUAUGUAAAUACUAGAUUUAAGA